AGCUCUCAUUCUCACCACUCAACAGACUCAGAUAAGAACCACCACCACAGUCCUCCCCUCUCUCCUCUCUACUCUCUCUCAUGGCCGUCUCCUCCCACCUCUCAUGUUUCUCUCACCUCCCCUCUCUCUCCUCAACUCACUCCACUCUCUCUCCACCCACCUACCUCCCACUCUCCUCCUCUCUUCGAACUCCUCGCGGCCAGAAAACCUUCAAAAUUCGCGCGGCGGGAGGGGACCUUUUGGGCGAUUUUGGGGGGAGAGACCCUUUUCCGGCCGAAAUAGAAAGUGGGUUUGGUGAUAAAGUGUUGGGUUUCAGUAGUACUGAGCAUAAGAUUCUUAUCCCCAAUUUAUCGGCUCUUUCUCUUUCGCAGCAGGAGUGUGGGCCAGUCUCUCCCCUGCAGCCGCCUAUUUCACGGGAGGAUGCCCAGAAGCUGUUAAAGAAGGUUGUUGGCUGGAGACUGUUAGAUGAACAAGAGGGACUUAGAUUACAAUGUCUGUGGAAGCUGAGAGAUUUUAAAUGUGGGGUUGACCUCAUCAACAGAAUACACGAGGUCGUAGAAGUCACAGGUCACUUCCCAAAUCUGCACUUGGAACAGCCCAAUCAAGUGAGAGCUGAACUAUGGACUGCUUCCAUCGGAGGGUUGAGUAUGAAUGAUUUCAUUGUAGCUGCCAAAAUAGAUCAAAUAAAGACAUCAGAUCUCGUCCCCAAGAAGAUGAGAGUUUGGGCAUAAUUGGGUAUUUCUUGAUUUCUUGACGAGUUCUGAAGAUACGUGCGAGAAAUUAGUUUCUUCUCUCGUGAAGCCAAAAAAACAAGUGAAAAUAUAGCUCAUGUUCGAGGCAUUCGUUACUCCUCUUCAAUCUGUGUACAAUAAAUCAAUAAUCGAUAUCAUGCUUGUCGCUAAAUUGGAUUUUCCUUCAUUAUUUGAACAGUGCUGGUUUCUGUAGUUUUUGGUGCCUGAUUUCAGAAAUAAAGUCAGCUUUUCUCUUUGGGUAA